AUGUCGGCGCUGCGAGUGCAGCAUGGCGAGAGGUUUGCUAUGGAGCUACUAACCAGUCGCAUCAUGACACUCGAGGAGUUCCUCGCCGAAGAGGACCAAGUGGCUCGCACUGGGGAAGAGAAUUAUUCAAGGAAGCCGAUUCCUGUUCUGCUGAAGGCUGGUGAGACCGUGGAUGAGUACGAGCUGGCUUUCGAGAGACGUCUAAAGCGACGAAACGUGGACCUGGGAUUGGUGCGCCAUGGCCCGAUGGUGGAGCGGCGAUUCCGGAUGGACUUCGCAGAAUCGAGGGCCUGGGAGCUGCGGCGCAUUCAACUUGCGCAGUCCUUCCGUACUGUUGCCGUCAGCCCGUCGUCUGAUAGGCAGCAUUGCUUUCACCAUGAAGGCCCAAAACAUUGGGCUUAUCAUGGAAUUCGCAGCCGCAGAGAGCUACUGCAGACCAACGAAGUGCCAGCGAAUGAGUUCAUUGUCGACGCGGAGAAUCGCGGACCAAAUGGGUCCAUGUUCGCCGGCGCGAAGUUAAAGCCGAUCACUGUGGUGCGAAGACCCCGUGAGCCCUUCUUGUCGCUCGAAGGCACCUUCGAGAGGUGGCUUGCCAGCAAGGACGUGACGCUGUCGCAACUACAGCAAGAUCUGGAGGAAGAGCGCCGCCAUCCACACGGCUUUGUGCACAGCAGAACCCUGGAGUAUAUUCAGAGGACGCAUGAGCAUUCCGAGUCCUCCUCUUCUCGAUUGUCGAGCUCCGAUUGUAGAAUGAGCAGAGGUCAAAGCUCUUACGAUGAGGAUCGCUGGGACCACAAAAGGCCGGCGUCAUUGGGUCCUGGUCGUUUCGAAGGCAGGCUUAACGAGAAGCGACCGCGCCUUGACUUGGAGGUGUCGUCGCCGCAAAACGUCGUGUCCGACAUCAGCACUACGCUCAAGGGGCAUACAUUCGAUCUGGAGCAGAAGGUUAUGAGUUGUUUGGCGCAACAAAACAGCGAUGUGGUGUGCCGUCUUGAAGAGCUGGUUCAAGAAGUAAAAGGGCUUCAGAUUGGAGUCAAGAACGCAAGCCACGGCGCUUCCGACGUUACCGACUACACUGAGGUGCCUGCAUCUGCUGCCAAAUGCGAUCAGCAUGAUGCUGCUGCUGAAGAACGUGAGCUCCCAGUCGUUUCAUCUGCAAAUGCCGAUAUAUUGCGCGUGGCGGAGGAGAUCAUUGCAAAGUCGAACGCAGUGACGACUGAUCCCAUCCUGGAAAAACUGACUGACAAGUACAAGCACUUUGUGGAUAGCAUCGAGGUGAACGAAAUAGCGUUGCAUGGGCAAGUCAAAGAAGGGAAGGUGGCUGGCAUCCAGGGGACAAUUUCGGCGAUCAACAAAGAGAAACAGCGGCGUGACGAGGCACUUGCGGAUCUGGUCGCUUGCAUGUGGCGAGGGCGCAAACGAAUUUCUUGCGCCAACCUUCUCAAGUGCAAAACCCAAGCGAAGCGCACCAGAAUCUAG